AUGUCUUCCGCACGCUUUGGUGCAAUGUGCCUUUGUCGGAAACUGAACGUUCCUUGGAUCGUCGAAUCAUGACCACCGUGUAUAUGUAUCCAGCGUUGGCAUGCGCUCACACAGAUGCCCAUCACCUUCGCCGCCUCUGCAAUUCACCGCCCGUAUUUCUCGAAGGGCUUCUGUGCGCGUACACCUUGCGCUCGCGUUCUGAUUUUCUCCGUUUCGAGCUUCGUGAUUGUCCACCGUGAACUUCACGAUGCGUCUCCUUCCAGCUUCGCUAUUGGCACUUCUGAACACAGCGCUUGGAUAUGAUUCAGAACCGUCAUGCAGAACGUCCUCGCUACCGAACCCAAUUGCGGCACAGUACUAUGCAAACAUCACUGGCACGCUCAACGGCACGCUCGCAGUGCUGCCAAUUCCCUUGUCGAUGGCACGUCGCAUCAUCCCGUCUCAGUAUGAGAUCUUGACAGAGCAGUAUCGUGCCUUGAUGCCAGACCUUCCACGCGACAUGUACCCUGCUCUUCUCCAAGCAGUCUUUGACCAUGACAUUCGAUACAUGGAAUAUAGCAUGCCCGACUUCUCGCGCGCAAGCAUAGAGUUUCCAUUUGUGCGCUACUACAAAGAUGCGAACACCCCAUUCCGGUACAACCCAGACAUGUUCAUGACGUCGACAAACCAGAUGGGCAUCAACGCGAGUCGGGAGUACGGUGGCGAGGUGUACCCGGCGGAAUUCGAGCCCGCCUGCGACGCAUACGCGCACGCGGAGGAUGGCAUCACUAGCUAUAAAGCCCGCGCCCGCGACGCAUACCUGGACACGACAUGGCAGCACAUGGCCGACUCAUCGCCGCCGAGUUCGCUCAUGACCUUCAUCAUGCACACCACGAACCAGCCUCUCUUUGGCGUGGACGGGAUGUGCAACCUGCAGAAACGCAUGUUCGGCACUUCGCUCUCGACCGGCGCCCACGCCCCGCGCAGCGUCGUCGGAGCCGUUCGCGCAAACAUACCAAGCGUUUCAAAGUCGGACAUGAUGUGGAGCGACGUGGCCGGCGUGCAGGUGAACACGGCGUUCAUCGAGAAACACAUGAUACCUUGCGAAGAGGUGCGCUCCUGGACCUACGACGAAGCUGAAACGUUGAAGGACCCAGCCGGCGGAAGCGGCAGCGGCAGCCUCGAACUGUGAGCGCACACUACGCCCCCCCGCCAUCAGCCUGCCCAAAGAGCUUUUUCCUACAUGUGCAGCGGGCGUUUGACUCGAAGUCACGCUUUCCCGAUGGAAAGCAUAAAACACGUCGGACCGCCGUCGAGAGACGCUUGGUCCUCUUUCGUUCCGCUGGCGGACACGCCCGUUUCCGGGUUG